CUACUAGAGAAGUCCGACCUUCAUGCAGUGCUGGCCGAUAAGCUUCAAGCAGAAAAAUAUGACAUGCAGAGCAGACAUGAGAUCAGUCCAGGACAUGAUGGCACAUGGAAUGAUGCUCAAUUGCAGGAGCUGGCACAGCUGAAAAUAAAGCAUCAAGAGGAGCUGACAGAGCUGCAUAAGAAACGUGGCGAGUUGGCCCAGUCUGUAAUUGAUCUGAAUAACCAAAUGCAACAGAAGGACAAAGAGAUGCAGAUGAAUGAAGCAAAGAUCGCAGAGUAUUUGCAAAAGAUCUCUGAAUUGGAAACGGAGUGCCAGGAGUUGCGCAGCAAACUGCAAGAUCUUGAGCGAGCUAAUCAGACGCUGAAAGACGAGUAUGAUGCUCUCCAGAUCACCUUCAAUGCCUUGGAGGAGAAACUGAGGAAAACUACUGAAGACAACCAGGAACUGGUCUCGCGUUGGAUGGCAGAGAAAGCACAAGAAGCCAAUCGUUUGAAUGCAGAAAAUGAAAAGGAUUCGAGGAGACGACAAGCCAGGCUGCAGAAGGAGCUAGCAGAAGCUGCCAAAGAACCCCUGCCUGUUGAACCGGAUGAUGAUAUUGAAGUACUUGCAGAUGAAACCUCUGACACAGCUGAGGAGACAUCUCCGGUGCGAACUGUCAGCCGAACAUCCAGUAAGCGACUCUCCCAGCCAGCUGGAGGCCUUCUGGACUCUAUCACUAAUAUCUUUGGGAGGCGUUCUUUGUCCUCAUUCCCUGCUCCCCAGGAUAAUGUAGAACCACAUCCAGGUGCCAGUAAAGAAGUGAGAGUGCCCACUACUGCCAUAUGUGUCUUUGACGCACACGAUGGGGAGGUGAAUGCAGUGCAGUUCAGCCCUGGCUCCCGGUUACUAGCAACAGGAGGCAUGGACCGGAGGGUCAAGCUUUGGGAAGUCUUAGGAGAUAGAUGUGAGCCCAAAGGUUCCCUCUCUGGUAGUAAUGCUGGGAUUACAAGCAUAGAAUUUGAUAGUGCUGGUUCUUACCUCUUAGCAGCUUCAAAUGACUUUGCCAGCAGAAUCUGGACGGUCGAUGACAAUCGAUUACGGCACACCCUGACAGGUCACAGCGGUAAAGUUCUGUCAGCCAAGUUCUUGCUGGACAAUGCACGCAUUGUUUCGGGAAGUCAUGACCGGACCCUCAAGCUCUGGGACCUCCGCAGCAAAGUUUGUAUAAAAACAGUGUUUGCAGGAUCAAGCUGCAAUGACAUCGUAUGUACUGAGCAAUGUGUAAUGAGUGGACAUUUUGAUAAGAAAAUUCGUUUCUGGGACAUCAGGACUGAAAGUAUAGUUAAAGAGCUGGAGCUGCUUGGAAGAAUCACAGCUCUGGACCUGAACUCAGAGCGAACAGAGCUUUUGACCUGUUCCCGUGAUGAUCUACUAAAGAUCAUUGAUCUGCGGGUUGGUGCUGUGAAGCAGACAUUCAGUGCCCAGGGAUUCAAAUGUGGCUCUGACUGGACGAGAGUUGUGUUCAGCCCUGAUGGUAACUAUGUGGCUGCUGGUUCAGCUGAUGGGGCCCUUUACAUUUGGAAUGUGCUCACUGGGAAAUUGGAGAGGACGCUUGCAAAGCAUCACAGUUCUUCUAUCAAUGCAGUUGCGUGGUCACCAGCGGGUGCCCAUGUGGUCAGUGUGGACAAAGGAAACAAGGCUGUCCUGUGGUCUGAAUUUUGACUGGACGGAGGGUGAAAGGCAGAGCAGCCAGUGCCUCUGUGUGUGGUGGUGCUGGUCCGUUGCUGAACAGAAUGGAGACCGGAGCCCAGAUCCAUCCUGAGCGGGGAUACUAACAAGCGCAUGGGCUUCACUUUCCAGAGGAAAGUUCUAAAGCAAUGGUGAAGGAGCCUGAGUCAGAGACUUCUUGUGGCCAUAACUGCACAAUGGUACUCGGACUCAGCAAGGGAUUAGCUGUUCUGGAUGGAGAAUGCUACUUAGUCAUGCCUUUACAUGCAGUAUCUAUGCACCAAGUGGAGCUGAAGAUACUAGCGGGAUUUCUCACCAGACAGCUGUGCCAAAUACCCUGUCACACAAAUGUAUCUACAGCACUUCUGAGUUGGAAAUCUUGGAAAGAAGUUACUGUGUAUGCUGACAUUAUGCAUGUCCUGUCUCCUGUGUUCUGUUCUUGUGGCCUAGUUCAGGCAUGGGGUGAGAAGAUCCUGAAAUGUGGACAGGUCUUAGGCAGUCGGAAGUGUUGGAACAGCUUUUAAAGAGAGGCUCCUGUGGCUCUGGCAGCUCUGCUUUUGAGCUAUCAGCUCGAUUCUGAUCCUGACGCAGGUUCUCCAGCAGUGUCAUGUGAACUCUGUGUAUGAGUUUCACCUGUCCUUAAGGAAAUGGUCCGUUCU